AUGCAGAACGACGAGGUUGUCACCUCCAACGGCGUCCAACUAUUCAACAGCGAUAUCAAAACCCGCCUCGCCGAAACCGCCCUCUCCCACGUCCCCGCAAAGGGCUGGACCAUCGACGCAUUAGCAGCCGCCGCAAAAGAUCUCGGCUACCCGUCCGUCCUGCACGGCCUUUUUCCAGGCGGAGGCGCGGAUCUGAUCGAUUAUUUUUUGCGGAAGAGUAAGAAUGAGAUGCGGGCGGAGUUGGAGGGGAUGGAUUUGAGCAGCAUGCGGAUUCCGGUGAAGAUUCGGACGGCGUGUGUUAAGCGGCUGCAGUUGACGGCGCCGUUUAUAUCCAAGUGGCCAGACGCUCUUGCGGUGAUGGCCCAACCGCAAAACGUGCCCAUGUCACUGCGGAAUCUAGGCGAACUGGUAGAUGAGAUCUGGUAUCUCGCCGGCGACCGAUCCGUUGAUAUGAACUGGUACAGCAAACGCGCCAUGCUCGCGGGGGUCUACACCUCCACUGAAGUCUACAUGACGCAAGACAAAUCGCCCGACUUCCAAGAGACGUGGAAGUUCCUGGACAGGCGGUUGCAGGAUGUCGCGACGUUUGGGCGGACGACCGCGGAGGUGUCUAAUGUUGUGCAGUUUGGGUUGAGGAGCGCUGUGGGGGUGUUGGCGUCGGUGAGUGGCGACUUUGAGGUUUCAAACUCUGUGUUGGACUUUAUUUGA